AUGACGUUUGGCCAAGGCUGGUACGAUGCUGAUGUUUGGGGAAAAUUACCCAGGGACGGCAAAGAGAAUGGCGGUACUGGCGUGGAAUUAUGGGCUGUGAUUGAGGCAGAAUCGAAAGAUGAUGCAUUUGAACAGUGGAGACAGUUGGCAAACUCCCUUUCCGGUCUUUUUUGUGCAUCGCUAAACUUUAUAGACUCUUCAUUGACAACAAGUCCUGUCACGGUAUUUCAGCCGAAAUUUGCAUCUUUGGAGAAUGCUCUGAUUAAAACUGGGAACGACAUGUAUCUUUUUCGCAGUGCUUUGCCGAGAGAGCCUGUUUGCACCGAGAAUUUGACACCUUUUUUGAAAAUCCUUCCUACAAAGGGUAAAGCCGGUAUCUUCUCACUUCUUACAGGUAAGAAAAUGUUCAAUUCUGAGUGGUCUUCUAUGGCGGUGGAUAUUUUAACAGUAUGUGACUCUGAAAAUGAUUGCCACUAUCAGAUCAAGCAAUCCAUUGAUCUUAUCAAGAACAUUCCCCGUGUUUUGGAAAGAAACGUCAUGCCCAUUCCUAAACCUAUCUCCGGUGAUGAUCUUCGUUGUGACCUAACCAAGAAGGCUGAUCUCUUCCACUGCUUCCCUUUACCUGAGUCUAACGAACUUGAUUUUGAUCUAUACGAUUUAUUCGGAAGAGUCAUUCAUGGUGGUGCCUUGAUGGCUUCCACACAAACUAGAGUGUGUGCCGACCUCGAUACUCGUUAUUGGAAGGUGCUGUUGAACUCCUCUGCUCCUGCUGGUGAUUCUAUCCAUGAAGAUGGACGUCUUUGUUUCGACCUCAACACUAAUGCAGAUUACGAUCUAAGAUUCUCUACUAAAGAUUCCACUCAAAUUGUAUCUUUGGACCCUCCUCCUAUCUAUGCUUCUAGAUCUCUCUCUGGAUAUUCUCAGGAUAGUGGCGGCUUUAGAAUAGAUUUGUACAAUCCUACCGAUGAAGAUGAAAACGUGGUCAUCUUCGAAACAUUUCCAUGGUUUGUUAGGUUGUCUCUACAUACUUUGACUAUUACAGUCAACGAUACCGCCAGUCACGGCGUAUCCGAUAAAGUCAUAAACAAUGUGGUUGAUGAGAUCAUAUAUAAUCCUGCUGUUGACAGAAAGAGUCCUUCGCAUUUGGAAUUGAUGACAUCGAUUCCCUCCAAGACCAAGGUGAAGCUUUCUCUUGAUUUCGAUAAGGCUAUGCUAUUGUAUGCAGAGUAUCCUCCAGAUGCCAACCACGGAUUCGAGAUUGAUCCUGCCGUUAUAUCUAUCAUUGAUAAAAUUACUGGCGAUACCAUGUAUCAGAUGAGAACCACCACUGCCUUGUUGACGCUUCCAACCCCUGACUUCUCUAUGCCUUACAACGUCAUCAUUCUAACUUCUACUGUAAUGUCAUUGGCAUUUGGUUCAUUUUUCAAUCUGUUAACCAAGAGAACGGUGACAGAAGAAGAAGCUGAAGCCGCUGCUGCUAACUCCUCUAUCCGCAUCACCACGAACAGAAUCCUGGGAUACAGGCAGAAGCUUAGAUCGAUGGUCCGUGGCAAUUAA